AUGACGACUGGCCAAAAGAGAAAGAUACGGACGUCCAGAAGCUUUUUUGGACUUCUCUCUCCGAAUAAGGUCAUCCUUGAAGGAGACGCUGAUACACGUUGCAUUGGCUCGCUCACAUCAACUUCGGACGGAAUUGCGGCGGGUCCUGUAGGCAAGGAGAAAGUCAAGGCAUUCAUCAAAAGAAAGAGCUCAAGUCUGUUAUCCAUGCUGAAGUUGCGAGGCAGCGGAGACUCCCGAUCAUCCACGCGGAGAGGAUUCUACCAGGGGAGUCCAGAUGCUCAACCAGGACACCUCGCGUCUUUCGGGCCGACUGCUAUGCCCAAUGAAUUUUUCCCAAUGCAAAAGAUACCAUACGGCGAGUUGGGGAACAAUUCGCCGUCUCCGAUAUACACGCAAGAGAGAUCUUCUAGGGUGUUCUCGCGGCUGGCUGCAAUUUCACCCUACGUUGACCGAGAGGGAGGGCAGCAAACUUGUUCAGGAAAGUAUUUGAAGGUUCCUCAGACACAAGACUUUGCGGAAACGAACGACAAGCAUCCCUUGUUCCGCGUUCGUCGGAGUCAGUCAAGUCCGGGGCUCUCGCAUCGGCUCUCCCAGAAGCUGUCAAUGACUUUUGGCCAGCCAACUGUUGUUCAUCGUGCCAACCUGCGAUCAAGGCCUGGGAUCCCAACUAUACCAAGUAUCCAGGCCCAGUCCAGUACAGCUGGUCCCGACAAGCUUCGAGAUGAACCGCAGGAUGACUCCGAUCCGUCUACAGCUACCCAAAGCGGAAGUGGCUCAUCUCCAUUCAGCCAGUCUACAAAUCCGACUUCUGAUGGCACCCCAACUUCACUGCAGUUUGCAAAACCAGAAAAUGUGAACAGCAGUAUCAAAGCACUGGAUAAAAGUGUUCUGUUAUGUACCGGUUCUGACCGGGAAUUGCAGCAUACGAACGAGGCCCCCCCUGUUGUUCCAUCCAUUCUCACUGUCGAAGCAACUGCAACUGCGAAGAUAUAUUUGGAAACCCAUUUCAGUUCUAUUCUUUCAGGCGAUAGCCCGCGUGCACAGCGAUAUCGGGAGUUAGAAGAGAAAUUGUACUCGCUACCCCUCACUUCAGAAGAGCGAGCAAAAACUCGACAGGCCUGGAACCGCCAGGAAUCUGAGUACCUGCGCCAAGACCGCGUUCUCAAAACGCGCUGCAAUUUCCUGCGAAAUGGGGAGAGUGUUUUAAUCGCGGGUUAUGAAGUCAUUAAGGUCCUCGGGAAGGGCAGUUUUGGUGUUGUGCGUCUCGUCAAAGAAAAGAGCAUGGAUUCGCAUAAAACAGCUGUCGCAGAUGCUGGGAGGGCAACCCCGAAGAGUGACCUAAGCUAUAUCAAAGCUAGUGCGAUUGAAACCUUGAGAUCCGCGGUGGAUGUGAGAACAUCUCGUCGGAGAGAUAUCAGCAAAAUGAAAAAAGAAGUUUACGCCAUGAAGGUCAUCCGCAAAUCUGAUAUGCUGAGGAACUGCCAGGAGGGACAUCUGCGCGCCGAGAGAGACUUUCUAGUUGCAUCUGAGAAAUCUAGAUGGAUAGUACCACUCAUUGCAAGCUUCCAAGACGUCAAUAAUUUGUAUUUAGUCAUGGAUUACAUGGUUGGGGGAGAUUUCCUGGGUCUGUUGAUCCGGAAAAAUAUCCUGUCUGAAGAUGUAACGAGAUGGUAUGUGGCAGAGAUGGUGCUUUGUAUCGAAGAAGCGCACAGACUCCGGUGGAUACAUAGAGACGUGAAACCCGACAAUUUUCUCAUUUCUGCUUCCGGGCACUUGAAGAUUUCUGACUUCGGGCUUGCGUUUGACGGUCAUUGGUCUCACGAUCAGUCAUAUUUUAAUAAUCAUCGGCAUUCUUUGCUUAAGAAGCUGGGUAUCCAUGUCGAAGGCGAUUCACAGGAUCAAAAGGAAGCAGCUAAAGCUGCGGGGCUUCAGCAUGAGAAAGGCAGCAACAGAUCUUCUGGGACAAGCGAAGAUGGCGCUCCUGACAUACGUGGACCUGGUCCGAAAGAAGAUAUCUUGUGCUGGAAGAAUUGGAAGGAAAUGAGGAAGCUUGCGAGAAGUGUAGUAGGUACAAGUCAAUAUAUGGCCCCUGAGGUUAUACGUGGCGAUUUAUACGAUGGCAGGUGUGACUGGUGGAGCGUUGGUGUAAUUCUCUACGAGUGCCUGUAUGGGUUUACUCCGUUUGCUGCCGAAACCCGCCAUGACACCAAAGUCAAAAUUUUGAAAAACCCGGAAACACUAUACUUUCCAGUCGAAAAGGCCUCAGACAGAUUAAUAUCUUCCGAAGCAAUCGAUUUGAUUGGACAGAUGCUCCAGGAGAAGGAAUACCGCCUGUGUUCGAGAAAGUACAUGUUGAAUGACUAUGUCCAUUCAAAGCGACUUCCGGGAGAGCUUCUUAAUCGCCCAGCGGACAAGCAAAGCAGAAAUUACCAAGGAUAUUAUGUCUAUCCCGAUGAUGCCGGUGAUAUUAAGGACCAUCCGUUUUUCAGAGGUAUUAGAUGGGAAGAACUUCAUUGUCGCAAACCACCAUUUGUUCCCAAAGUGAAAAGCUGGGAAGACACAAAAUAUUUCGAAGAUGAAGAGCCGAUCAGUGACGUAGAAGAUGGCUCGAGCCAUGGCGAUUCUUGUCCUGAAACCGAAGCUCCCGAUCCGGUUGCUAACAACCUGGAUUCAAGCCGUACAGUUCAUGUGAUGGACAUCGGAUAUCAAACCGACGGCCCUAAGGCGGCAAGCAUGAAGGAGGUACUGAACAAGAACGGCAAGGCAGAACUUGAGGGUAACGGACAGGAAAAGACUCACAAGAAGAAGAAAGAGCGGAAGCGGCCAAGGGACAAAAUUCUACGCGACGAAACGAUCGGUCGGCAGGCGCUGAAUCUUCGCAAAAGAGGGGCAUUUUUGGGAUAUACGUAUCGACGGCCCAAGGACUUUCUGCUUGGGUUUGAGAAUGAGCGUGGGAGAUCUUUGGUCGGACACGAACGUUAA